CAGAGAAUCAAAGAGACGAAGAGCGAACCUCCGCCGGUGGUCGGAGCUCUUUGAAAACCCUAAAGAAGAAAGUUCAGUUGGCCGUGAGUUUGCAGAGAAGGCUCCCUCUUAGGGAAUGCAGAGAGAUGAGAGGAGAUUUGUUUACAAGUUUCAUCUCUAGUGGUCGAGCUGGCAACUGCAUCGGCGGCCGGAACUGUCACAGGAAACACGUUGAAGACGGGUGAUCCAUUUCUCCCUUCUUUCUCUUCCUCCUCAAUCUCUUAAUCUCUAAUUAAGUAAAAGAAACAAAAAGGCGAGAAAGAAUCUUUUGUAUACCAGUGUUUUUCUGUAUUAUAAUCUUUGAAAAAAGAUCGAAUCGAUGGCGGAAAAGGAUAGAGACGGUAAUUCCGGUGUGCUCCAUGGGAAGUAUGAAUUAGGUCGGCUUCUAGGGCAUGGAACUUUCGCGAAGGUUUACCAUGCCCGGAACUUGCAGACUGGGACGAGUAUGGCGAUGAAGGUCGUUGGGAAGGAGAAGGUGAUAAAAGUAGGUAUGAUGGAGCAGAUCAAGAGGGAGAUCUCUGUGAUGAAGAUGGUGAAGCAUCCAAACAUUGUUGAGCUUCAUGAGGUUAUGGCGAGCAAAUCGAAGAUCUAUUUCGCUAUGGAGCUUGUUCGAGGUGGAGAAUUGUUCUCCAAAAUUUCCAAAGGUCGAUUGAGAGAAGAUGUGGCUAGGGUUUACUUUCAGCAGCUGAUUUCCGCGAUCGAUUUCUGUCACAGUCGUGGAGUUUACCAUAGGGACCUCAAACCGGAAAAUCUUCUUCUCGACGACGAAGGAAAUCUUAAGGUAACUGAUUUUGGACUCAGCGCAUUUUCCGAGCACUUGAAACAGGAUGGAUUGUUGCAUACAACUUGUGGUACGCCAGCGUAUGUUGCGCCGGAAGUUAUCGGGAAAAAGGGAUACAACGGCGCCAAAGCCGAUCUGUGGUCAUGUGGAGUCAUCCUUUACGUUCUCCUGGCCGGAUUUCUUCCAUUUCAGGACGACAAUAUUGUAUCCAUGUACAGGAAGAUUUACAGAGGAGACUUCAAGUGUCCGCCGUGGUUCUCAUCGGAGGCCCGUCGACUAAUCACCAAACUCCUCGAUCCAAAUCCAAGCACCAGAAUUACAACUUCGAAGAUCAUGGAAUCGUCCUGGUUCAGGAAAUCAGUACCAAGGACUGUGGUGACGAAAGAGGAGCAGGAAUUCAACGAGAGCAACGAGAAAUUGAAGCAAUCCGAAACGUUGAAUGCAUUCCAUAUAAUUUCUUUAUCAGAAGGGUUUGAUUUGUCGCCGUUGUUCGAGGAGAAGAAGAGGGAAGAAAAAGAGGAGCUGAGAUUUGCGACGACGAGGCCGGCGAGCAGUGUGAUAUCGAAGCUGGAAGAAGUGGCGAAGGCAGGGAAAUUCAGCAUCAAGAAGAGCGAAUCGAGGGUCAGAUUGCAAGGCCAAGAGUGCGGAAGAAAAGGGAAACUGGCGGUGGCGGCGGAGAUCUUCGCCGUGACGCCGUCGUUUCUGGUGGUGGAGGUGAAGAAAGAUCAUGGUGAUACCCUCGAAUACAACCAGUUCUGCAGCAAAGAGCUCCGGCCGGCGUUGAAAGACAUCGUGUGGACAUCACCGACGGAGAAUUCCAUGCCGGCUUGAGAAUUAGGGAGAAUUAAAGAUUAAUUCUAGAAUUGACGCCAUUGUUAGAAUGCUUGUUUGCUUGUUUUUGUUCAGAAUUUGAAUUAGAGAAUGGAAAGACGAUGAUGAAGCUUUCAGAAAGAGUAUCCAACUCUCGAAAAUUGUUUGUGUGUGUCAGUUUCGUUUUCUAAUCAUUAUCGUGUUUAUGUGCA